AUGAAAUCAACCAUCAGCUUCAAUAACAGAACCACAAACCACCAAUCCUUUGUGCUUGUUGGCAUUCCCGGCAUGCAGGAGCGCAACUCAUGGAUGGCCUUCCCUCUCUGCCUGCUCUACCUCCUGACUCUCUUCGGAAACUUCACUAUCCUCUUUGUCAUCAAGAGAGAGCAGAGCCUCCAUGAGCCCAUGUACCUCUUCCUCUCCAUACUCGCCUGCUCGGACCUGGGCCUCUCACUGACCACAAUGCCAACGAUGCUGGGCGUUUACUGGUUCGAUGCCAGGGAAAUCUCAUUCACUGGCUGCAUCGUGCAGAUGUUCUUCAUCCAUCUGUUCCAGUGGACAGAGUCUGGCAUCCUCGUGGCCAUGGCCUUUGACCGUUUGAUUGCCAUACAAAACCCUCUAAGAUACACUUUACUUCUCCCAAAUACAGUGGUUGGGAAAAUUGGACUAGCCAUAUUGGCCAGAGGUUUCUGUAUCUGCUUCCCUGCCCCCUUCCUUAUUAAACGCCUUCCCUUUUGUAGGUCCAACGUCCUCUCUCAUUCCUAUUGUCUCCAUCAAGAUAUUGUGCACUUGGCCUGCGCAGACACAACCAUCAAUACGUUUUAUGGCUUGACUGUAGUAAUCUGUACAUUAUGUUUGGAUGUUGUGAUCAUUCUUGUGUCGUACCUCCUCAUUCUGAAGACUGUUCUGAGCAUCGCCUCCCGCGAAGAGCGGUCCCGGGCUCUGAACACCUGCGUCUCCCAUGUGUGCGCCAUCUUGAUUUUUUAUGUUCCAAUGAUUGGGGCCAGUGCUGUUCAUCGGAUUGGAAGACACCUCUCUCUCCUCGUUCACAUGAUGAUGGCCAACAUCUACAUUGCUGUCCCACCCCUUCUUAAUCCCAUUGUGUACAGUGUGAAAACACAGCAGAUUCGACAAAGGAUACUCAAAAUGUUCCAGCAAACGAAAAUCAGGAGUUGA